AUGAGUGAUGUCGAGGAUAUAGAGAAAACCCUUGCUAAGGAGGAGGCAGAACUUAUUAAGGAUAAAGAAAUCGACAGAAUCCUCAAUUGCUUCAAACUUGAUGCUUAUUCGAUUCUAUCACUUCAGCCAGGUUGUUCCCCACAAGAUAUUAAGAGGACUUACCGGAAGAAAUCGCUCUUGAUUCAUCCUGACAAGACCUCGAAUCCUCGAGCCCCCGAUGCGUUUGAUAGUUUGAAAAAAGCCCAAGCGGUGUUGGCUGAUGAUCAACAACGGGGACAAUUGGAUGAGAUCUUUAGUGAUGCGCGACGGGUGUUGAUACGUGAGAAGAAGUGGAGUAUUGAUGACGAUCGUCUCAAAAGUGAUGAUUUCUUGAAAGAAUGGCGGGCAAAGACAAAAGAAUUGUUAAUUGAAGAGGAAUUCUUGAAAAGAAUGGAAAUCAAGCAGAAAUUGGCCAAAGAUGGGGAAGUGAAGAGAAGAAGAGAAGAGGCAUUGGAAAUAAAAGAACGCAAAAGGAAAAGAGACAAAGAAUGGGAAGAUCAUCGUGAUGAACGGGUGAAUAACUGGCAACAUUAUCUUAAAAAGCUGGAGAAAAAAAAGAAGAAGAAGAAGGAUUUGUUAGUAUGA